CUCUGUGCCCUGAAUCCCAGUCCAGACCAGAGUUGGGGGCUUCCACGUCAUGGGCUGGGGAGGGGCUAGGAUUCCCAGCUGCAGGUGCCUGUCGGGGCCUUGGGCCUCAGACUAGAAAUUCCAUUUCGCCUGCCAGCUGCCCAGGAGGGGCUCUCCCUCCUACUGGGCUGGGCAGGUGUGGCUGAGUCUGGGCCUGGGACCUGGGGGCGAGGAGGGUGAGAGUUGGAGAGGCCUGGGGGAAGGGGAUUAUCUGGGAGGUGGGUCUGUGUGCUGCCCGGGAAACCCUUCCUCAGGGAGAAAGUUUUUAUGUAGGGCAAUGACCCUUGACCCUGGCAGGACACAGAGGGACUCAGACUCACAUUCAUUGAACAUCGGUGUUAUGGCCCUGGCCUGGGCACCCUACUUAAGCCACCCAAAGUCCUGGGAGAGAAGGGUUAUUGUAUCCAUUUUACAGAGGAAAAGCCUGAGGCUCAGAGAGGCUGCAAGACUCACGAGGAUCACACAGCUGGUGACUAGCGAGGCCAGGAUUCCAACCUGUGUCUGAGAGACUCUGAAGCCUGAGUUCUGUAACCCCACUGCAGACCGUGGCCUCCUUUCCACAAGCCACUGCCCUCAGAUAAGCAGUUCUAGCAGAGACCUGGGAGGUGUCCCAACAGCUGCCAACACUGGUCUCCUUCAUGAACCUUUGACUUCCAAGGAUAAUAUCACCUGAGAAUCACCCAGAAGUAAAAAAGCAACUUAAUUUACAGAGGUGCUUUAUGAAUGAGGAACAGGUGAAGUCUUAGGAUAGAAUAGAUGGUCUAUAAACCUUAGUCAUCUUCUCUCUCCCCUGAAGUCCCCAGCAUAAGCCUGGCACUGAGGAGUUUGGAAAAUAAUUAAUAAGGGGGUGUGGGGAAGGGAGCAAAAAAUCGCUGCAGCAUCUACUGUGUGCCAGGCAAGGGUAAUCCCCAGCCAGACCCACAUGGACUCGGGUGGGCCAGCAUUAUUGUCCCCAUUUUGCAGAAGCAUAAAUCAAGGCCCAGAUACAUUGUGACUUCCCCACGUACAGAGGAGGACUGGCAUUGGUCCCAUCCUUCCUUGCCUGUUGCUCUCUGCGUGUGUUAGAUUAAAUGCCACCCCUCUUCCCCCCAACACCCUUUAGAUGCAAGGUCUGGGGCUGUGGCGGAGCCAGGAGACAGGACGGGGAGGCUUCCUGAGACCGGCUCGCUCAGCCCUGUCACGUUGGUGCUGAGUCAGAGAUAAAUCUCACACAAGCGCUGUCCUUGAGGAGCCCACAGUCUGGGAGAGAGCUGAGCCUCGGCUAAUACAAGUUCAGUGUGACCUGUGCCUCAGUUAUAGACACAUGCUCCCUUUGGGAGGGAGCCCUGGAUUCCCAGUGGCCUUUGAGGCAUUUGAGGGCCUUGACAGAUGAGUCAGGGGAUGCGGGGGUAGGGGAUGGGCAUUUCAGGCUGAGGGAACAGCAAGGACAAAGGCCUGCAGGAGGGAAGAUGUGGGCUUUUCUCGAGGAGAGUGUGUGUGGUUCAGUGUGGUAUAGUCUUGAAUGUGACCAGAUGGUGGGUCAGAAGCAUAAGUGAUACGAGGGCUGGGCUGGAGAGGUGGGCAGGGCCUGUGAUGUGUGGCGCCUCGGGCCCCCAGCAUUGUCUCAUGGGAUGUGGAAGUCACGGGAGGGCUCAGGCAGAGAGCAACAGGAUCAGAUGAUGGGGUGGGGAGAGGCAGGAGGUGGCGAGGUCAGUGAGGUCCAGGGAACAAGGAUGGGCAAGCCCAAGGUGGGGCUUGAGGAGAGAAGAGACCCCACAGACAGGACCUGUGGUAGAUGGGGCAGCAGGUGAGAGGCAGGCCCUGGCGCAGGGGAGUACCACCUCAGGCCAACACACUGCUGAGCUCUUGCGGAGUCCUCACGGCAGCCUUGCUGCUUCCAUCCAUGUGGAAUGGGUGAGAAACCGAGGCUCAGAUUGGAGUCACGUAGAGCCACUCAGCAGGAAGAAGAGAUGCUGGGAUCCGAGGCCGCCUGAGCAGCAAUGGAAGGAACCAAGGAGAGCAUGUACCACUCACUGACGUAUGCCACCAUCCUGGAGAUGCAGGCCAUGAUGACCUUUGACCCCCAGGACAUCCUACUUGCUGGCAACAUGUUGAAGGAGGCCCAGUCGCUCUGUCAGAGGCACCGGAGGAAGUCCUCUGUAACAGAUUCCUUCAACAACCUGUUGCACCGCCCCACUAUGGACCAAUUCACGGAAGUGGAAAUCCACGCUGAGGUCUGCUACGCAGAGUGCCUGCUGCAGAGAGCAGCCCUGACCUUCCUGCAGGACGAGAACAUGGUGAGCUUCAUCAAGGGUGGCAUCAAAGUUCGAAACAGCUACCAGACCUACAAGGAGCUAGACAGCCUCGUGCAGUCCUCACAGUACUGCAAGGGAGAGAACCACAGGCACUUUGAAGGAGGAGUGAAGCUCGGUGUGGGAGCCUUCAACCUGACGCUGUCCAUGCUUCCUACCAGGAUCCUGCGGCUGCUAGAGUUCGUGGGGUUUUCAGGAAACAAGGACUACGGGCUGCGGCAGCUGGAGGAGGGGGCAUCGGGGCACAGCUUCCGCGCCGUGCUCUGUGUCAUGCUGCUGCUGUGCUACCACACCUUCCUCACCUUUGUGCUCGGCACUGGGAACGUCAACAUUGCGGAGGCAGAGAAGCUCUUGAGACCCUACCUGAAGCGAUACCCUAAGGGCGCCAUCUUCCUGUUCUUUGCCGGGCGGAUUGAAGCCAUUAAAGGCAAUGUUGACGCGGCCAUCCGGCGGUUCGAGGAGUGCUGCGAGGCCCAGCAGCACUGGAAGCAGUUCCACCACAUGUGCUACUGGGAGCUGAUGUGGUGCUUCACCUACAAGGGCCAGUGGAAGAUGGCCUACUUCUACGCAGACCUGCUCAGCAAGGAGAACUCCUGGUCCAAGGCCACCUACAUCUACAUGAAGGCCGCCUACCUCAGCAUGUUUGGGAAGGAGGACUACAAGCCGUUCGGGGAUGACGAAGUGGAGCUGUUCAGAGCUGUGCCGGGCCUGAAACUCAAGAUUGCUGGGAAAUCUCUACCCACAGAGAAGUUUGCCAUCCGGAAGUCCAGACGCUACCUCUCCUCCAAACCCAUCUCAUUGCCCAUCCCUGCUCUGGAAAUGAUGUACAUUUGGAAUGGCUACGCUGUGAUUGGGAAGCAGCCGGAACUCACAGACGGGAUACUUGAGAUUAUCACCAAGACUGAAGAGUUGCUGGAAAAGGGCCCAGAGAAUGAGUACUCAGUGGAUGAUGAGUGCUUGGUGAAGCUGCUGAAAGGCCUGUGUCUGAAAUAUCUGGGCCGUGUCCAGGAGGCCGAGGAGAAUUUCAGGAGCAUCUCUGCCAAUGAAAAGAGGAUUAAAUAUGACCACUACUUGAUCCCAAAUGCCCUGCUGGAGCUGGCCCUGCUGUUUAUGGAGCAAGGCAGAAAUGAAGAGGCUGUCAAACUCUUGGAAACUGCCAAGCAAAAUUAUAAGAAUUAUUCCAUGGAAUCAAGGACACAUUUUCGAAUCCAGGCAGCCACACUCCAAGCCAAGUCUUCCCUAGAGAAUGGCAACAGAUCCAUGGUUUCAUCAAUGCCCUUGUAGUUUUGUGCAGCAUUCCCAGGCUGGAAGACAGAGUCAGCUGGACAGAGCUCCUGGAAACAUUUCAAAAAGAUCCCCUCCCCCUGCCCUGCCGUUGGGGUCCACCAGUGCUCCAGUGCGAUGACACGACAUAGGUAUCUGUGCAGAAGCGAAGCUGGCAUUUUCACCAGUGUGGCCAAGGGCCUCUGCCAAGGACAGAGUUGCUGGAGCCCUCUGCCUACCCUAUCACAUAUACGGGUACUUGUUUUUCACUGUGAUGUUUAAGAGAAUGUAUAAACAGUUUACAUUUUCCUUAGAAAUACAUUGAUGGGAUCAAAGCUUUGGAAAAAACUACCAACCAACCACCUGUAAAUCACUGUUUUAACCCCUACUGAUGUGGAGGCAAAUCUAUGAUGCCAAGGGCCAAAGUGCUUUUCAGAUUUGAGCGAGGUCUCAGCUUCCAGGGCUGGCAGGACCCAAAGGAGGAUCUGCACUGCAGGCUUUGAGGUUUCUGGGGGUUGGACAUAGAGGUUUCACACACUCCCACUACCUUCCUUCUUACACUCCCUUUGUAACAACUUUCCAAUUUAAAAAAAAUCAAACACAUCUUUUUAGUGAGAUAAUUUUGAGUCCAUCUGUAGAAAAAAAAAAUCAAUCUUCGCCACUAAGGAAUAGCGAUACCGAGGCCUGAAGGAAGGGGGAGCCCUGUAGCCCUUUCUGUGCCAAAGCCAAGAAGUUUGGCAGGUAAAGUUUCUCAGACACCAGUCUGCUAUAUGCCAAAUUGAAACCACUGGGAAUGAUUUAUGAAACAUAAAAAUCUUCUGUAUUUCCCUUCGAGGUACACUUAUUUACCGACAGCGUUUUUCUUAGAAACAGAAUGGUUAUUCUUGGCCUGUUUGUGUGUUUCAGAUUUUUCAGUUAAGAGAAAAGAUAUAUUUAAGUAAUAAAACUUAUACACUUUAAGAGAUCAUGCAACAUCUAUUUCAGUAAAAUAUGUUGUUGCUUGAAUUCUUAGGCUGGGCAGAAAGUUUGAAUCAGAAGUCAUAUGGCUCAGGCAUGUUUUAUUUAGCCAACAUGAUGUUUUAAAAUUUUUAGAAUAAGUUACUAACAUUUUAAAAUGGGGAGAUUUCACAAAUAAAUCUGGUUUCUGGCAUCUUAUUUUAAUAAUCUGGCAAUAUUGGGCCUCAUUCCCACAAGGCAACAAUCAGUUGGAGCUGAGUAGAGGCUCUUUUCAACACUUAUAAUCUUUCUGGCGCCUAAAAACAUCUGAAUUUGCACCCAGUGGGACUGUUAAAGUGAGGACUCAAGUUCAGUGACCAACAAACACCAAGUUUUACCAUUCACACUCUAACAACAGCAUACUUCAACUUAACCAUUUUCCUGGUAAAAAUAUUCAUCUGUGGAAAUGUGAUUCCUCAAACACUGAAUGCAGUUUCUGUAAAGGAAGAACCACAAGACAACUUUUCCAGUCUUCCAGCCUGCUGUAUUUAGCAAACACUUCUGAGCAUUUGCCAGAAGCUAGGUGGUUUAAUCUAUUAAUACACAACCAAGCUUCCUGCGGUUGAUGCUGAAUGAAGUUAUGGGUUUUAGGUAAAGCAUAUUCUCAUUAGGAAAGCAAAGCCGAAAACCCUCAUCCAAGUCCCCUUUUGCACUUACUGUACUGUCACAGCAGAAAUGCUAUGAAAGGAAGACUCCUUGUUUAUUUUGUUAGAACUAGACAAAAGAGUGCUUUCCACAGAGGGCAAGUCCUUUGCAAGCUCUCUCUCCUCCACAGCCUGAAUGCUGGGAGCCCAGCCUACUUCCAGGUUGUUGGACAGGGCAGGUGAAAGGGGUGAACUAGAGCCAGGCUGCUGAAUGAAGGUGGCCUGUUGUCCUCCCUCACAUAUUAGAAUGCUACCUAUUACAGUAUAAAAGCAGCGCCGGUCACAGGAUACCAAACAUAUAAUUCGCAAAACUGCCGUUUGCAAAACACUUUCAUCUCAAUGUUCAUCUUAGGUGCUUUUAUUUUUAAAUUUUUAUGCCAGGAUGGUUUCCUAGUUGUUGCUGUUUCCUGCUGGGCUUCAUUAAUUAGCCUCUGUCACCUUUACCUCUGGCUGCAGUCUGGCUAUGAGUUCUGUCUCCUUUAUUCCUACCUGCAGCUUGAGUUAGUCCAUCAAAAACAUGUAUGUGAGGGAGUUCCCUGGUGGUCCAGUGGUUAGGACUCAGUGCUUUUACUGCCGUGGCCCAGGUUCAGUCCCUGGUGGGGGAACUAAGAUCCCGCAAGCCGAGUGGCGUGGCCAAAAACAAACAAAAAAUGUAUGUGAAGGUGAAAAUGCUGGGUGUCUGACACCACCAUAUCCUUGUGCAGAGGCCUCUGAAGGUGAAAAUUCUGUCAUGGGCUUCUCAUUGCGUCUUGAGCCGUUUCUGGUCACUGCUUCUCUAACACUGCAGACCUUUCCAGCACAUCUGCCCUGGAGAGGCACCUGAUCAGGUGAGGAGAGUCUUGGCCUAGAAAUAAGGAGACCUGAAUUCUAGUCCUUGUUUUGCUACUGCCUUUCAGAGUGACCUUGGGAAAGUCAUGGACCCUCUAAAAAUUAGUAAUUUGGACUAGAUUAAGGCUCUUUGCUGCUGUCAACAGUUCUGAUUCUGUCUGGUCAAGUCUGUUUCUGGGCUUUCAUCUCCAAAAAGAGGCAAGAUAUAUACCUUCCUACCUUUUGUCAAAGCCUUGUGCCACCAGGCUGCUUACCAGAAGUGAUGACAGCCUUCCUCCCAGGACACCCAGAGAGCAAAUAAUCCUCAUUUGGGGAAAGUCUGAAUCCUGUGCCACACAGAGGAACUCAGUUGUUAGGAAGCAGCAACUGUGUAACAUGCUCUGAAUAGGCUCUUGGCAACAGAAAGGCUACCUCUGCCUCUCACUGGUCCCAGGCCUUGGACUGGCAGGGUAGCUUCCAGCACUGUGCUGGUCCCUAUCAGCUCUCCCAUAUGUUGGCAGGAUUCCCUAUUCCUUAUCUCUCAAGUCAGAAUGGGAGUGUUUCCAAGACAGCUGUCGUCAUUCACAGCAAAAAAAGCCACGACCUGACAGCAAAGCCAGGGCCCUAAAAGGCCAACGCCAACCAAACACUAGGCUGAGGUCCAGGUGGGAGAUUCCCAGCAACUGAAGGGAGCAUCAGGAGGAUUUUAAAAAGCCCCAGCCUGCUGAGUGCUGCAAUCAUUCGAUGAGGGAAUAAAAUCCAAAGACACUUUUCUCUGGAGUUACUCCCAAGUUUAUCUCUUCUAAGAUGAUAGGGAGUGGACAACAGUCUUCUUCUCUGCUUCAAAUUUAAAGCCCAACAGUGUGCCUUUUUAACAGUUUUCUUAUGUCCUUAGCACCAUCACACUAAUUCAGUAGUAAGUGAGAGGUGUCUGGAUUCUGAAAACCAAGCAGCAAAUGGGAACUUCUCACCCUCGCCCUCAGAUGCAGCUUUCCAAGGUUGGAAAGUGCCUUUCUUCUUGGAUUAGCACAGCUCUGUGGAAAUCUGGUACCAAGUUCAUCACUGUCCAACAGGGUAAGUCAGUCCACAAACAAGGAGCCUCAUUUAGGGAUCUGAAAAAUCCAUUUCGAAGUAAGCAAUCUAUGAGUUGCUUCUACUGUCUAGUCAGCUCUCAAGUGACAAAAUAUAAUAGAGCCCUUACUUUGGUAAGACAUGCAAUUACAGAAGGUCACUAUGGACUUCUAAAAGCUGACGUUCAAGUUUAAUCAGACACAUCACAGCUAACACCUCAUAGAUGACUGGAUAGGAUGGUUUUGUUUUUCUUCAUGUCCUGAACAAACACUUCAUAACACCAGAUACCAUAUGCCCUCGGUGGAAUAAUACUAGCUAAUAUUAAGUGCUAUUUACCAGUUGUGAUUCUAAGUACUUUACAUUUGAAGUGGAGCUAUUACUGCCAUUUUACAGAUGAGAAAACUGAGACAUAGGUUAAAUAACUUGCCUUAAGACCACACAGCUAUUAUGCAUCAGAAAUAUUUGAAGUCAGGCAGCUGAACUCUAAAGCUCAUGCUUUCCUGAACUGCUGGUCAAGCUUUCAAAUUAUCAGCUUAAAGUCGGAUCUGACUUACAUUGACUCUUGGGCCACUGUUAAGUAUGGAAAAGGUACUGGCUGGUAACUCAAACACUAGAAAUCCCUGGCGUGGAGCACAUGGAGCAUAUGCCUGUGUGGCACGGUUCCCCUGUGGCACUUGGCAUCAUGAGGUAGGGACAGGGUCUAUCUUGGACAAAGGCAAUCCUUAAGCACCAUACUGCUCAUAAAAUCAUCAGGAUGUUGAAGGAAAAGACACGAUCUAAUCCCCAGCUGGAUAGGUAGAGUUCCAGUCAGCUACUCCAGAGAUGGGUAGUGAACAGAUGCAGAGGCUCAGGCCUGGACUGAGGCUUGAGUCCAAACCAUAUGCUAGAAGAGGUUUGGUGUAAGGCAGUAAGAGGUAGGAACACUGACAAACUAGGAAGCAUAUGAUGCUGAAGGCACUCUUAGAAUUUUAAGUUUAAGCACCUAAGAGUGCUGGCUGGCCAAACAUAUCACACCUGUGGGUCAAAGUGGUCCAUGGGCCAGAAAUCUGUCACCCUUGGGCUAAAGGUGACUUUCAGACAACUAUCUAUGUUAAAGAGGUGGUGAGCAAAUUCAUAAGAGAAAAGCCUGAUCUGCUAAAAAUAGCAACUUUAAAUUAUAUUAAUUACAUGGGAUAAUAGUGGAUAAAAGUACAGACUGAAUUCAAAUUAUUCUGCUUUGAGAAUCAGUUUACUCUUCUGUAAAAUGGGGCCAAUGCCAACUGCUUCACAGGACUGCUGAGAAAAAAAAGAAAUCAACUAAGCAGCUCGCACAGUCCUCAGUAUAUUAAGAAGGUAAAUGUAUUGGCCCACACAUACUGUGGGAAGGCAGUGGUGAGUUUGGCCUAGGGGAUGACUGAAUCAAUGGCUCUAGUGCAUCCAUCAGGCCUUCUCCAUCUCUUGGCUUUGCUCUUGUGUUAGAUUUAUUCUCUUGGACUGACUUCUCUGCGUGGCAGUUCAGACCUUACGUCCUUACAGCUCUGUGACAAGAAAAGGGCUCCUUUUCCUACCUCCAGUAUGAAAAAUCCCCAGAUAAGGACUCUGAUUAGUCUGACUUGGCUUGAAUGUCCAUCCCUUAGGCCAGUGGUUCCCCAGAUCAGCAUUAGAUAUCAGGGAAUUUGUUGGAAAUGCAAAUUAUCAGCCCCCCCUCCCCCUGAUGCAGGGGUGAGGCCGAACCACCUGAACAAGUCCUCCAAGUGGAUCUGAUGCACACUGAAGCCUGAGAACCACUGCCUUGGAAAGGGAGUGAGGGACUACAAUGGGUCUAUCUUGGAUUACAUGCUCGGUUGGGAGUUAUUACUAAAAAAGAUGGGGUACUGGGCAGACAAAAACAUGUAUCCAAUAUGUCCUUUCUUUCAAAAGUUGACAUACAGGAACUAUGACCUGCCAACAUUCUCAGGUGAAGGGGAGGAUGAGGGCAGUACUGGUUAGAGACAAGGCUUAUUAGAAAGCUGCCCAUUCAGGAAGAGCUUUGCCUUUCUCCUUCUCCUUGCAACCCUCAGCGAUCUUUAUAAGGCCCCAAUUCUCCAUGGGAACCUCCUUGAUGGUGGCUCCCACUCCAUCAGAAAUGCUCAGAUUCCUUAGGGCUUCUCUUCCUCCCUGCUUUCUCCUUCCCUUCACUUAAUAAAUAUCUGUUGAGCACCUAAAUGUCCUGCUCUCAUGAAAGUAAACAAAUUAGAGCCAUGGAGUAAAUAAACAGGGGCUGUUGGUCCAGAGGGUAAGAAACCAGCCAUCAAACAAUCUGGGGAAGUGAACUACAGGAUGGAACUACAAAAGAUCUGAGACAGGAAAGAGCUUGCCAUUUUAGAAAGCACACACAAAAAAGUCUAGAAAGUAGAGUACUAUGAAAGGAGAGAGGCAGAAAGUCUGCUGUCUCCAUUAAGAAGCUUGGAUUUUAUUCUCCACACAAUGGGAAGCAAUUAAAAGUUCUACGCAGAUGAAAGACAUCAUCCAGUUUACUCAAAACUAUUUUAACUGCUGUGUGAAGAAUGUACUAUACAGGGUUAAACAUGGAAGCUGGGAGGUCAGUGCCAUGCCAAAGGCCAACAGCACCAAUUGCUUCUGCUUCAUGAGAAUUGCCAUUAAAAUACCUCCUCUUCCCUGCACCAGCUACCACACUUACGGGGAAAAAAACCUUUCAAUAUGCUGCUAAGUGAUAAUCAGGCUCUAAGAGUCAAUGUGAGUUGGCAUUUCUUGUUCUUUACUCUUCAUGAGAAAUCAGCAACCCAGUUUAUCAAAAAUCCAAACCCAUAAACAUGAUCUCUUACUUCAAAGGUAUCUUCAAUGCCAUUAACGCAAAGUUUCAGAAAUAAAUAAUCCUGAGAACAAGGCUUGCAAAAAUGACCAACCUGACAACGCCAUUAGCACCCAUCUCACUACUGAAAAGAAGAAUGGUUAUUAUUCCUCAUAUCAAAAUAACAUCAUGGACAGUGAUUGUCAAGGGCCAUGAGGACAAAUGGUUUGUGAAAAACAACUUCCCUUCACUGCAUACCCUAAAAUUGUAGCCAUUAACUUACCUGUCUGCUUGAGUUCAGCUACCGUCAUGGAAAGAAGAUCAUUAUUCUGCACUAGCUCAAAGCCGAAGACAGGCUGUGAUCCCGGAAUUGGCAGAAUGUAGCUUAUCCCCAUACCUCUGGUAUGGAUAGUGCUGGAAGCCAAUCUGAUAGCACAGUCCAGGCUUCCCAAUUCACACAACACCUAAGACUUGCUUUUGGAUCCUGAAUGACUAGAUUAACUAUUAUAUGGCCCCCCAGAGAAAAGCUGGGCCCAUCACUUGCUUAGCCAACCACAUCUUCUCAUAAGCAUUCAUCACUAUGACCAGACUCUUGAAGUAAACCCUCAGUUACCUUUUUCAACUUCAUUUUCUCCGCAUGAAGAAAUCUAGUCGAUAAGCACUGCUGUUACACACUGAUAAGAAUGUAUUCAAAGUAAACAGGCACUGCUCAUCCUUUGAUCACAAUCAGUUUUAAAUGCCUAAAAUCUGUACCUUAUUGAUAAUGCUGCUUCAUUCAUACGCAGAGAAAACCAAACUUGCUGUGGAAAGCAUCCAAAGAUGACUAAAUCUUCCAGUGGACAGUUAGUUUUCUCAAAAAA